AUGGCCAUAGUGACACCACCCGGUGAUAUGAGGGAUUACAGUCGAUUAAGCCAUGAAACGUCAGCGCGGACAAUGCUACUGGAAAUGGAAGAACAGUCGCAAUUUCCUCAAACCUGUAAAAAAUUUUUCGCAGCAGCUUAUUAUGUGGGCUUCUGUUGGAGACCUUUUAUGUUGAGUCUAGAUUUUAAUCAGCUUGAGCAGUGGCCGUUCUAUUUUCCUAGACCGUUAUUCGCCUUCACAGUGAUACUUGCCAUUUGUAUGGGCUUGGCGAUUGGUGCUUUGUGUAUUUGGCAUUAUUAUUUGAUCUUUACGGCACAAACGACCGUAGAAUUCUAUAACAAUUAUUACGAUAGGAGUGUAUGCAAAAGUCAAGGCGAAAUAUUUGUCAACAUGUAUAAUUUCGGCCCAUUACAAAAUUUGAAGCGAUUCUUUAAUAUCAGUGAACAAUACCCAUGGUAUACCGUAUUCCUUCCUAUUCCAGUUCCUCCAAAAGGCACAGGUCGUAUUUUUGAAAAAUGUCAAGAAUUUUACAUGCUACCUGAAGCUCGACAAAGAGCUCACUUGAUAGCACAACAAGAAAGUCAAGAAAUUGAAGACAUGAAAGACAUGUAA